GACAGGCGCUUGCGCGCCUAGCGGGGCGCGGGUACGUGGUUCAGUGACGCCUUCCGGGGGCUGUUUCUGUGAGAAAACCGUAGUUGCGGUGUAAACAGUCAGGGCUCUGCGACAGGUUCCACGUAGAGGACCCACCGGCAGCUCCAAAUAGCACGGUUGGGUUGAGUCCUCCCCGUCCUCUCCGGAGCCUCCGUAGCGACGCCCCCGGCGUAAAGCCCGCCCCCCGCACGCGCUGAACCACCACUUCCGCCCUCGCCUUCCACUGAGCAAGAUGGCUGAGGAGCCGGAGUCAGGGCUGCAGCUCCCUCCCUCAAGUACUACUGAUGGCGAAGGACCUACGGAGGUCUCUCCAGAAACAGCCACUCCGGAGCCCCCUUCUUCCGCUGCAGUCUCCCCGGGAACAGAGGAACCUGCCGGCGACACCAAGAAAAAAAUUGAUGUCCUGUUGAAGGCGGUGGGAGACACUCCUAUAAUGAAAACAAAGAAGUGGGCCGUAGAGCGCACACGGACCAUUCAAGGACUCAUUGACUUCAUCAAAAAGUUCCUUAAGCUUGUGGCCUCUGAACAGCUGAGAAAGAGAGCACACGUGGGCCUGUGCACUUGCUCGUGGGGCAAGGGCAGAGAGAGGGGACCGAGGACCUGAAGCAGCACUGCACUGACAGCAGAGAACCCGAGAACUCAGAACUGUGAGGUCAUGACCUAACCGACGGAGCCUCCCAGGGUCCCCCGCGCUUUGGUUUCUUAACGGAGUCUGAACAUCUGUAGAGAUGAUGUGAUCAUUAACUGACAACAUUUUAAGAGAGAAUAGGCCAUUCUUAGUUGGCGUGAAAGAAGAGAUUACUUUCUUGUCAUAUCUAACACUUCAAACAUAGUUGGAUCUCAAAUUACAGUGACGGGGGAAUUAGGAAAUGAAAAUACAAACAGGAGAGGACUGUGAAGUACAGUAGUCAGAAUCGCCUCCCGAAACACUGAGGAGGAAGACCACAUAGGAAUGACCUUCUUCCCCAUUCUCACGGUUACUGGCUAUAAUCACUCGGGCGUGCGCACUGGCGCCACUCCUAGAAAACAGUGCAUUCCUUACGGUUCGAGAUGGGACAAGAUAAUGCGCAAGCCAGCCAUGCCCAACAUACUGGGUUUUAGUCAGCGUUCAUGACUACUGAUGUGUCCGAUGUGUUAAGUAACCUGGACCUGUUCAAAGAAGUAGUCUUACAGAUAACAUAACUUGUUUCUUAGUUUUAUGUAGGAAUAUCAAACACUGAAUUUAAUUUGUUGCCCCUUUUUUGUGUGUGUGUGUGUGUGUGUGUGUGUGUGUGUGUGUGUGUGUGUAGUGUUUUGGCAGUGAUGGUAAACUGGUCCUACAUUACUGCAAAUCUCAGGCCUGGGGAUGAAGCACAGAGGAAAGGCCUUGCUACCCAAGUGAGUCUUCACAAAGGAAACACCCUUGGAAAAAGUUUUGCUGCCUGUGACAAGAGACUUGUGUAUGUGAUCUACUCAGCACGUAUCUACUGUGACUCCUGUUUAUGCCUAAAGAAACCCAUAGAGUAGAUGGAUUCAAAACAUGUGAUUUGUAUUAAUACACAAAGCCUCAUGGAAGAUUGACUGCAGAGGAUACCCAUUACUACAGCUGUUGCUCCAGAUCUGCCUCCAGCGUAUUGACCGAAAAGGAGACGUAGGCUGUAGAAAGCUUCUUGGUUACCAGUUCUCAGUGACUGAGAUUGUUUCCUUGUACAGUGAACACCCUGCUGAUUUUUUUCCACUAUAAAAGUCAGUUGACUAAGGGA